UUUAAGGUUUUUCUCAAGAAAAAGAAAAAUUAUAUUUUUUUUUGUGUAAAGUACAUAAUACAAAGCGGAUUCUGAAAUAUGUUGAGCUUUAAAUUUUUUUUAAAUAUGUGUAUUUUUAAAAAAUAUACUUUUUGGGGUCUUUAGACUAGGUGAGCUCUAAGUGCGGGCCAAACUUACCUCAGCCUAAAGUCGAUCUUGUAUAUAUGUAAUAUGUUGUAUAUCUAUAGCAAAUAUAAAAAAAAAAAAACAAAAACAAAAUUGACACAUAUAUUUGUAUUUUUUGUAGAUUCUAGACAACAAAUAUGGAAGAAGUGAAAUUGAUCGGUUCGAAAAGGAGCUUAUUUUGUACGAGAGUAGAGUGGGCAUUGAAGCUAAAGGGUGUAGAGUAUGAGUAUUUGGAGGAAGAUUUGAGAAACAAAAGUCCAAUUCUUCUUAAGUAUAAUCCAAUUCUUAAGAAAGUUCCUGUUUUUUUACACUUGAACAAACCUAUAGCUGAGUCUUUAGUCAUUCUUGAAUAUAUUGAUGAAGUUUGGAAAGAGAACCCUUUGCUUCCCCAACACCCUUAUGAAAGAGCCAAAGCACGAUUUUGGGCCAAAUUUGUUGAUGAGAAGGUUUUGAUGGGAUCAUUUGAAGCUUGCAAAGCUCAAGGAGAAGGGAAAGAAAAAUUGAUAGAAUCUGCACAAGAAUCUUUAGGUUUUCUCGAGAAAGAAAUCGAAGGGAAGAAGUAUUUUUGCUUGAAGCGGGGAUGUUACAAUUUUGGAGGAGAAAGCAUUGGGUAUUUGGAUUUAGCAGUGGGUUGGAUUCCUAUAUGGCUUGAUGUAAUGGAAGAAAUUGGGGAGAUGAAGUUAAUCCAACCAGACAAAUUUCCAUGUCUUUAUCAAUGGUCUAAGAAUUUUCUUACAGAUAAUCCGGUUGUGAAAGAAUUAGCUCCGUCGAGAGAAUCUCUUCUCGAGUAUUUUCAUGCUAGUAUUGCCUAUCUUCGCUCUUUGGAAGCCAAUAAGUAGUGAAAUGAAUCUACUUAUUGGAUAAUUUAUAGAAUAAAAAUUUGUCAAGAGCUUUGUUUUUUUCUUUUUUUUUGUGUUUUCUUAAAAUUUGUUAUACGAAUGUGUUUUAUUUAAUUAGUUAGUUUAUUUCAAUUA